AAUUUCUUAGUUUAGAUACUCCUGAUACUGUAUAAUAAUAACGAGUAUUCUUUGAUCCUAUAGAACUGGAAGACUCAGCUGGCCGGCACAAAAUUAAAUUUGUCUCGUUGAUUGUUCUCUAUUGGGUUACCCUCUUAAGUCUGAAAUAUUAUUUAGAAUGGCGCUUAAUCCACAGUACGAUGCAAUUGGAAAAGGUUUUGUGCAACAAUACUAUACUCUAUUUGAUGAUCCCGCUCAAAGAGCUAAUCUAGCCAAUAUGUAUAACGUUGAAACUUCCUUUAUGACAUUUGAAGGAGUUCAAAUACAAGGUGCUGCAAAAAUAAUGGAAAAGCUUAAUGCCUUAACAUUCCAAAAAAUUGGCAGAAUAAUAACAUCGGUUGAUUCACAACCAAUGUUCGAUGGUGGAGUUCUAAUUAAUGUCCUAGGCAGACUACAGACUGAUGAAGAUCUACCACAUGGAUAUUUACAAACAUUUGUAUUAAAACCAAUAGGGAACUCGUUCUAUGUUGAACAUGACAUGUUUAGGCUGGCACUACAUGAUAUGUGAUUGACUUCAUAGUAAAUGUGACGACGACCCGCCUCACCCCUACGUGCAGACGUUCGUCCUCAAGCCGCUCGCUGACACCUACUUCGUCCAACACGACAUCUUCCGCCUCGGGAUCCACGACAUAGCUUAAUUGUAACACGCCGCUCUACUAUAAUGAACAAACGAACCAUUUAUCAAGCUAACAUAUUUUAUGUUGUUUAACUAGGUUUAAGAUAUGAUAAUAAAACGUAAUUUAACCCUGACCAUAAUUAGUUUUCAUGUCUGGCUAAUCUUUCGAGCGUUUCUCGGGUUGUAUGUAAAGAAUUAAAGUUAAAAAAAAUACCUUUAUAAUUGUUAAAGCUGUGAAGAUUGCAAGUUUUGUUUUGCGAGUCUCCCAAACAUUUACAAAGCUUGAUGUAACAAUUACAUUCUUAUUUUAUCAGCCGGCGGCGUAAUGUAAUAAAUUAAAUACAAAUACUUAUAUUAUAAAAUCAAUGAACUAAAACAGGGGACUUUUGAGUUAAUUAUGUUACAGUGUAAUAAAUGAUUAAUUUUCUAAAA